AUGGAAAUCAUAUUGAAAUCUUCAAACAGAAUUCCUAAAAAGUUGGUGUCGGAUAAUGGCAAAGAGUAUUACAACAGUCAGUUUCAAAAUUUGAUGAAAAAAUACAAGAUCCAACACUACAGUACUUUUAGCCCUUUGAAAGCCUCUAUAGCUGAACGUGUAAUUCGCACUAUUAAGGAAAAAUUAUUUAGAUCGUUUACGUUGAAUGGGAACCAUAAAUGGCUGGAAUUACUAAAUAAAGUUACAGAAGACUAUAACGAUACGAAACACAGAACCAUUGGAAUGAAACCGAAGAAUGUGGAUUGUAAUAGUGAGAAGAAACUACUAGAUGGCGUUUAUAGUCAUAUUAAGGUAGCGGGAAAAUCAAAAAUUUUAAAGUUGGCGAUACCGUUAGAAUCUCAAAAAGCAGAACAUAUUUUUGAAAAAAGGAUAUACGCCAAAUUGGACCACUGA